UUUUACUCUGCAUUUGUGGAUAUCAUUCAUUGUAAUGAAACAGCUUAAGUGAAGUAUAGCUUUUCUGCUUCAUAUAAAAUUUGGUGAAAUGAACAGAGGCAACCAUGAGGGAACAGCUUUAAGUAGUGCAUUCUUUCAGCUUGUCGAUGAAGAGACAAGAAGUACGAUAGUGCUAUACCUUUUGAUAUAUAAUCCUAUGGAACAAGACCGAUUUUCAGUGGUUUCAGUCAAUGUGAAUUCACCCAGAGUUAAAUUAUUAUCUCCUUUGGGAAAACCUGUUACUGUCCAGAUUAGUGCUGUCUGGGAUGGAGCAACUACAGUAUCACAUGAGGCAUAUCAGGUCUCUUUUGUGGCGCAUCUACCACCUCUGGGGCUUGGAGUUUACCAGCUUUUGGAGCAUCAGAGUUCAGAAGCAGUUUUAGCAGACUAUAAUAUAUAUCUGAGGAAUAGUAGACAGGAGAAGCCAGACAGACUUUUCAAGAUAAAAGACAUGCAGAAUUCUGUGGAUAAUAUAAUCUUGGAAAAUGCUUACAUGAAACUGUGGUUUUCUGGAAUGUCUGGAUUACUGGAGAAAAUAAAUACCAAAGAAGAUGGUAAAAAUCAUCAAAUGAAGCUGGAGUUUGCUUGGUAUGGAACUACAAGUAACCGGGAUAAAAGUGGAGCUUAUCUCUUCUUACCAGAUGGAGAUGCCAAGCCUUAUAUUUUUACAGACCCACCUACCAUAAGAGUUGCUCAUGGAAGGAUUUUCUCAGAAGUUGUAUGUUUUUUCCACCAUGUGACACAUACCAUGCGACUCUACAAAGUCCAGGGUUUGGAAGGCCAGUCUGUUGAAGUUUCUAAUAUUGUGGAUAUUAGAGGAGAAUAUAAUCGUGAGCUUGCAAUGAGAAUUUCAUCUGACAUAAACAGUGAAAAUAAAUUCUAUACUGAUCUUAAUGGAUACCAGAUCCAGCCCAGACUGACGAUGAGCAAGUUACCUCUUCAAGCAAAUAUCUAUCCUAUGACUACCAUGGCUUAUAUCCAAGAUGCUGGCAUUCGUUUGACACUUCAUUCAGCUCAGUCUCUAGGUGUUGCAAGCUUGAAAAAUGGUCAGUUAGAAGUGAUCAUGGAUCGUCGACUUAUGCAGGAUGACAACCGUGGCCUUGGACAAGGUGUCCAAGAUAACAAGAUUACAGCUAAUGCCUUCCGACUUCUGCUGGAAAGAAGACAUGGAACAGAUGUGAAUCAAGAGAAGUCAUCAGUCAGUUUUCCCUCACUUCUUAGCCAUAUGACUUCCUCUUUCUUAAAUCAUCCUGUAAUUCCAAUGACAACAUAUGCAGAUUCCAGUGUCCCAGAGAUGCUAAAUACUUUUUCUCCACUUAUGUCAUCCAUGCCUUGUGACAUGCAUAUAGUCAAUCUAAGGACAAUCCAAUCAAAGGUAGAUAUUGAGCCGUCUGAUGAAGCUGCUCUGAUUCUUCACAGAAAGGGAUUUGACUGUAGAUUUUCAAACAGAGACACGGGUCUCCUCUGUUCCACUACUCAGGGAAAGAUAAAGGUGCAUAAACUCUUUAACAAAUUCAAAGUGGAAAGUCUUACACCCACAUCUUUAUCUUUGAUGCAUUCACCUCCAGAUGCCAGAAAUAUAAGUGAAAUAAGUAUGAGUUCUAUGGAGAUAAAUACUUUCCGAAUUCGGCUAAGAUGA